CAAUAUCUAACUCUAGUUUAAUUGCAUUUUAUAGGAAUUUAAAAAAACGCUUUUGCAAGGCCACAAUGCAGAUGAUAUAAAAUUUGAGAAAAAUGCAGUUACGAUAUUAUUCAGCAAUGCAGAACAAGCAGAAACUGCAAUUAAAGCUCUUAACAACAGAAUAUUCAAUGGUCAUGCCAUCAAGGCUGAAUUUGUCCAACCAGAUAGUUUGCUAUUUGUUGGAAAUCUACCAUUUGACUUUAGCGAAGAACAAUUUGAGGUACUUAUGAAGCAGUAUGGUUCAAUUGAGAGGAUAUUUCUUGUGAGAAGUGAAGUCACUGGUGAAAGCAAGGGAUAUGGUUUUGUAGAAUAUUCCAACAAAGAGUUGGCAGCACAGGCAAAGCAGAGUUUAAUGAAUACGGGAUCAAAGUAUAUUGGUGGUCGUAUAUUGAGAGUUGACUUUGCAGAGCCUAAUCUAACUACCUGUACAUAUGAGGGCUUGCAUUCCAAGACUCUUUUUAUCGAUAAACUUCCAAGAGAUUUCACUAAUGGAGAAGUACUCCAAGAAAUAUUUAGCAGAACAGGGACUGUAACUUUUGCUCAGGUUGCAGUGAAUCACCAAACAGGGGCAUCAAGAGGGUUUGCUUUUGUGGACUAUGCGACUAGUAUUGAUGCUGAGAGAGGACUAAAAGCUCACAAUGGAGCUCAAAUAGAAGGAUCUAAUAUACGAGUUGCUUAUGGCACUCCUGGAAGGACAGGAGCUAGUAUUCUAGGUCUUCAACCCACAAACAAUGUUUCACAGGUUGUGAAUCAAAUACCUUUAAUACAAGCUGGACCAGCUGACAUUAGAGCAAUGGUACCUCAGUGGUCAGCUCAACCCAUGCCACCAUCAAUGCCACACCCAUUAAUGGCAAGACCUCUGAUGGUCCACAGUCCACAUAUUCAGAAUAUUGAAGUAAGAGGACCUGCAGCUAGGUUUCCAGUACCUUUGAUUUCACAAAGGUCUCCAGCACAGCAGGUGUGCAGUCAAAGAGCAGAAAUGAUUGUAAGGCCAUUGAUAAGAGAAGCUGGUGCAAGAAUGGGAAGUCCACCCCAAAGACCUCUUAUAGGAGGUCAUCUAGUCAGAGGACCACGCCCACUUAUGGCUGACAUCCCACUUAGAGGACCAGGUCCAAGGCAAGGAGGACCAAGGGGGUUUUGUCCUAGAGGAAUGGCUGCCACUGCUGAUCCAAGAUGUGCUGUCUUUAGAAAUGGUCCAGCAAGACCAUUAAUGGACUCGAAUAGCAAUGGCAAUGUUUUUGCACAACAACCCCCUGAGGAGAGAGUAGCAAACCAGGCAUUUGUACCCCAAAUGGAACAGCCACAGCCAGGAAGCAUGGGUAUACGACCAGUUAACCAAUCACAACCUCAACGACAACAACUCCAAGCACUAAUGCAGUCCCAGGUACAACCACAACCACUAAUACAACAACAGCAGCAACAGUGGCUAAUGUCACCACAAAAUAACCCACAGCAGUCCCAGCAGAUGCAGCAAGCACCUCCACAGCCAUUGCUACAAGAUUUCAGACCUGCAGAAGCUCAGGGACCACCAGUUAUAGCCCCACAACCUUUACUUGGACAACCAAUUGGAGGCCCCAGUGGACAGAUGGAUAGACCUGUAGUUCAUGGUGUGGAAGCUAGUUUUGAUAGACAUGGUCAGGGUCAGCAGGCAGCACCACCUGGACCAAUGGGUUUAGUGGGACCAGGGAAUGGUCAAUGGUCUGAGCACCAGAUGUCUAAACCAGGUAGUGGACCAGUACCACAACAAGGUCUUCACCAGUCUCCAGCUAAAACAUUCAUACCCCAACCAGUGCCAGAACAAAUGCUGCCAGGUUUUCCAGCUGGAUCAACUUCUUUGACUGCAGUAACAAAUCAGAAUCAAUCAGGUGGAUGGCAAACAUCACAAGUCACCAAUGGCACCCAAAGUAUUCCUUCCCAAACACCAGGUGGUCAAGCAGUUCCACUUCAGUAUGGUCUCCCCCCUUCACAACCAAUGGCACCUCCUCAGCCUUUAAUGCAACAACUUGACCAAACACAACCCCAUUUAACAUCACCUCAGUUAUCUGUUGCCCAAGGACAAGCUGUUGGACCAACUCAACAGGACCCUAAUAUUCAGUAUCAUAAUUAUGGCUUCCAGCAACAGGGUCCUUUAGUAGAACAAGUUGGAAUGCCAUUCACGGCUGAUCAUGUACAACCACCACCACCACCGCAACAACAACAACCAGUAGGACAUGCACCUCAAUCACAGGAAAUUCCACAGGUUGUACAGCUAAUGCAAAAACCAAUUCAACAACCUUUCCACCAUCAUCAGCUGCCAGGCUAUCCUAAUCAACAGGGACAAGUGGUUCAGCCUUCACAACAAAUGUUCCAACAGGGUCCCAUGGUAGCAGCUGCAGAGACAAAAUGGGUGCAAACUGCAGCGAAUGUACUACAGCCAACACCCAUGAUGUCUUUGCAAGGUUUCCAAGUACCUUCAGGAGAACAGGAACAACAAAUCUGUGAUACCUCAGCACAGCAAUGGAGACCAGUUCAGCAACCCACAAUACAAUCACAACCUGGUCCUGGUCCUGGUCCUGGCCAGCUUCAACAGGAACAACACCAAAUGUUCAAUCCAACACAACAGUUCCGCACACUUGAUCACAGCUAUCAACAGCAGCAGCUUCAAAUGCCUUCAAAUACAUCAACUCCUUCACCAAUACCACAACAUUCAGCUGCGCCAGUUAUGUACAGUACUCAGGCAUCUUCAAAUGAUCCCAACCAGCAUGGUCAGAAGAGAGCUAAUCCUGAUCAACAGCUAACUGAUCAGUCAUAUCUGAAUCAACCUCAACCAUUGAUGCAAGGAAUGGGAGAAUUCUAUGAAGCCAACAAGCGUCCUAGAUUUUGAACUUCAAGUCUAGUCCAUCCAGUUGUUAAUGCAGGAAACUUUAUCCAUGAGGUCAGUACCAGCUCAUUAACAAAAGUCUGCUUCUUUACAAGUGAACUUGGUAUUGGCAUUGCACAUGCAGAACUAAAAGCAAAAGGGUUUGUAGACUGGUUUGCUUCUUAUAAUUAUUAUCCUCUAACCUAUGUCAUUAUAUUAUUUUAAAUUGUUAUUAUUACACUGUUUUAUGAUAUAAUCAUGUAUUUGGAUUCAUGUCUAGCUUUUCUAGGCAUUCUUAGUUUAAAAAGCAAAGUGUAAGUGUGCUGCAUGUUUUAAAAAUUAAAAUAUUAUUUUGCCAUAUAAUAUUAUUCAUAAUGUUGAAGUAAGUCUUUACAGGAAUUGAAAAAUGACGGUUGAUGAAUUCUACAAAAUAAUGUUUUUGAAGAUGAUACUAAGGUUUAUUUUUGAUAAUUCUGUACAGUCUUCUUCAAUAAUUGUGUCAAAAUUUAACUAUAAACAUAUUAAAAGAAUACUUAUUAAAGAUAAUUUCCUUUGCCAUUUAAUAGGAACCGAAUUUUCUUGCGAUUUCAAAUGUCUUGAGCAAGUAUAAGGUUUUAUGUUUCAUUAAGCAUUUUGUUUAAGAAACGUUUCUAAUGGGGCUUGAUGACCCUCAAUGUACGAAACGGUCAUCACUUUUUGUUCGAGACAUGAUAUUUUAAGGAAAUGUGGUUACUAUUAAAAAUGAAAAGAAUAUGUUGAUCAGAAGUAAUUAUUUAAUGCAAAUAUGUUUUACUAUAUAAUGGACCUUGUUCAUGCAACAGCCACAUACUGUACUGGAAUAACAAAUUUCUGGCCAGUAGUCAGUUUGGAAAUAAAAAGUGUCAACAUGACAUCGAUUGGAACACCAAACAAAAGCAUUUUUUCACAUAGGAACAACGCGUAUGUGGCCACCUAUUGACUGUGGUCCAUGGUGAACAGGUCUUGUACUAUUAAACCCCUCCUUUAAUGUUAUGAUCCAUACAGUAAUUUAACCCAUGUCCCUUGUACAAAUCAGCAGUUUCUUCCUUAUCCUGGCCUACAGUGCUUCCCUUUUAUAAUAAUGGCUACCUCAUGUGGGAAAACAUGGAAUGAUUUUUUCAGUUUGACUUUAAAUCAUAGCAUGUCAGCUCAUCAUUUCUUUGGUUUUUGUUACUAUUCUUUUGUUAGAAGAAAAUUGUACUUUGGCAUGAAUUAUGACAGUUGAAAGUCUCUUAUUUGCAGAAAAUUCAAGAUGAGGUGAAAAGCAGGCAAACUGAAAAUGUCAUCUUGCUUACCCUUGAAUAUCAUGAAUACCCAGUGUGCUAUUGUCCUGGCUUAGUACAUCUAUUCACAACUUAAAGAACCCCAUAGCUCAUCAUAAAUAUGUGCACUGAUUGGCUAGAGAUGACUUACGUAAGGGGUAUUUCACAUGGUAGCCCAUGUUAAAUUUUGGAUUAAAUCAUAAUUCUUGUUCAUUCUUUCCCCUAAAAGCACCAAAUAAACAUGAAGCCUGUUUUUAAAAGAACAAAAAAAACACAACAAUACGACACGUUCCCGAAAAUUAGAUUAAAAUUGAGGAAAUUUGAAAAGCUGAAUCGCAUAAAAAUACAGGGAGCCCGUGUUAAUAUUUUUGUCUUGUAAAUCAUAAAAUACACAAUCAUAUAAAUGGGUCUUUUUUCAAUCUUUUGGCUUGGGAUUUAAGUAAAAUUCAUUGUUUGAGUUGAGAAUUCCACAGAAUUUCAUUUGGAUAACAUUGUUGCUCAAAUCACUUCUGGAUUCAUUAUAUCAGUUUUCUCGUGAAAUUCAAUAUGAAAUUCGCUAGCUUGUCGUAUUUAUAGUAUUCAUAAUAAUUGGCUUGCGCUGUUUAGUAGUACGCCACAGUUUUGAUUUUUGAAACCCUUAUUCCCAGGGUAAAGGCAAUGAACAUGUGAAAAUGGACCAUUCUCUAAGGGGUAGAAUGCCAAGUUUAUAUCCUAGUACCUGGAGGAAGGGGCAGAGGGGGAGUUUAUGUAAGAACACAAUGCCUUUAUAUUACUAUAUUACAGAAUAAAUGCUUCUUGCUUGAAUGGAUGAUAAUCAUGAUAAUAUGUUAAGCAAUAAUUCCCCUUGAUCUAGCAUGGCAAAGAAAAGUCAUUCCACAAACACAUCACAUUUCAUUUAUUUUGAGAAAUGUUCUUGUUUAGAGUGGUUUUUCCUAUUAGCCUGUGAAAUACUUAUUUCCAUUUUACUAUUACGCAAUUGACAAGUAUUUUUUUAUUUCAGGGAUAAAACCACUCUAAAUAAUGAAUAAGGUCUCUUAGAGCUUGAAAUGCGUUGAUGGAAAUGUUUAUAUUUAGUAAACACUCAAAGACUUUUUAAUUAAUACGACCGCCAUAUUGAGUUCAAGACAUUGGAUGCCUAUGGGGCAACUACAUAACUUUAUUUUUUUAUAUAACUUUUGCUUUUCAAUAAGAAGCACAUCAAAAAAUUGAUUAAAUUUGCCGAUAGUUGGAAUGAUAUGCGGAACAGCAACACUUCAAAUUAUUCUAAAACGUAAUCUGGCCACUCUGCUUUAUAAAUGUUUUACGUUUGCCCUCUUGGCAUCCCAUAAUUCAUGAUGGCCGCCGUAUUAGUAAAAAGGUUAAUUGCAAAAUAUGAUGUGGGGUUCAAAACAUACAUCAUAGAGUACAAUAUUCAAUUUCUAAACAUUCCACAUGUUUAAUCACUAGAUACAUCUUAUUAACGUACCAUUUCGGUCUUUAUGCUGUUCGUUUGAACCUGACAAUCUGAGUGUAUAUGUGCACAUGAAGUUUAAACAAUGCCUGUGGUUUUUUUUUUACUUUUUAGGCAAUGUAUUAGAGGAUAGAUGGUAAUAAAGGCACUAUUAAACAGGUCUCUGCAAACACAACAUUUCAAAUACAACUAUUAAAGUGCUUUCUUACAACAAGCAGUAUUUGUAUUAAUUGUUUUGUCAUGUUCUCAAAGAAACGCCGUUUAUUUGUUACGUUUUGUUUGCAUUGACCUUUCAAGUAACUUUUAUUAGUAAAUCAGAGUCAUUUACACAUAAUUAUGAUCCUUAUGAUUAGUUAGCUUGAUUAGCUGUUUUAAUAUACAUUUGCUAUGCGAAGUCAGCAGGAUCUACACCCAGCCACACCCAGCCCGCACUGCGUGUUCCCUGGCCACUCCCCAAAUCUUACACCAGAUGUCACCUUAUUCCGUAUUUAUAUGGUACAAACUAUAUUCCCAUUGUUCCCAUUCCAUCAAAUAUUUUAAAAAAGAUUGUUAGCAUUGGCUUUAUGCCUAAAAACUGAUCACCCAGUUUCAAGCAGAAUAUUUGGUGUUCGAUCCCGCAUUGUUUCAUGUCAACUCCUCAUACACCGAAUCAAAUGGCGACCAAUUUGAAUAACUAUUGCUCUGGACUGGCUAGCCUCAUACACGUGUAAGCGCUCUUAUGUUUCUAGUCAGUCAGGCUAGUCAGUCGCUAGUUAGUCCAUAACAAUAGUUGUUCACAUUGGUUGACAUAUUUCGAUUGGUGGAAACCUAAAACCAUCUCAAGCAAAAGAAAAUUUUUGUUUUAGUUUAAAGAGGAAUAUGAACCAAUCUUUUAUUUAUGUCACAUUUCCUACCAAUAACUCUCCUAUUUCAUUCACGACUUCGUGGAGGGGGAUGGCUCUUAUAGAAAAAGGUUGUAAUGGGACAGCACUGCUUUCUAGGCACCAAUCGAUUAAGUAUGCAGCCUGCAGCCUAACUCUCGUGGUUAAAUAAUCUGAAGAUAAAAGGCAAACAGCGCAGCACGAUUGGAUGUGUAUCCCAAACUGAUAUUGUGCUCUUUGAAUUGUUUCACUGAUGAGACAUGAUCAGACAUGUACUCUUCAUUAUAUGUAACCGCACUGCUUUUAUCAAUCUUACCGAUAUCCUUACUUUGAUACUUACCCGGCUUGCUCAUGGUUUUAUAUAUAUAUAUUCCUACACGCACUUUGCAUAGAGACCGCAUGAAAGGCCUUAUUUUGUCGGACUCCUUCCCUUAUCGAUGGUAAAGUGUCUGGUAAUAGCAAAAGGGCUUUCAGGGCUGCUAACGCAAUUAUCUUUUCAGGUAGAAGCCUCGCGGCUAUAAGCCCACUAGUCUGCUAAAUCAAAUAUCAGUCCUUACAGUUACGAGAUACGCGCCCUUCCCCGUUUAUAAGCCCACCUUGGGAUUCCUUUUGUUCAUUUCAUUAGUAUGAAAGAUGAACUGGGAAGUCAAUGGAAAUAAAUUUUUAUCGAAACAUAAGCUCCCCCGAAUAUAAGCCCUCCAGCCAACCAAAAACCAUUACGAAUGAGUGUAAUCCCAGGGCUUAUAACCGGGAUUUCACGUUAUCUUACUUCAAUGUCCCCAGGGAAUUGCUUUCAGUGACUUGAGCUCCCCAUAGAAGCUUUGCACCAUCACGUUAUUGCAGCCAUGACAUGAGGCAGAAACAAUUGAAAAUUAUCUAAUCUUAUUGAUAUGAAAAAUAAUUAAGUUUCCCAGAGGAAAAAGACUAUUGUUGUGCCUCCUGUCAUGGCUGCUGUCACGUACCAGUGCAAAGCCUCUAUUGCCAUAUACCACGCUUAGUCAAACACAACUAGUUCCAAUGAAGCCAUCUACUUUGCAUUUAUGUAAUCAUUAAUGUCAAAUAGGUAUACACCCCUUGCACGAAGUCCCGAGAGGCGGAAUUGUUUCUUGGGGAAAAAAUAAUGGAAGUUUUUUUUGCACGAGAAAAACGGCCUAUUGUUUUGUCCCCCAGAACAAUUCCUCUAGGUGAUCAAUGCUAUUUGAAAAAAGGUUGGUAAAGGUUUUUAAGUCACAUGUAAAUAUGAAUGUCACGGUGCGGAAACGCCAGUGCAGUAAAGGUUUAGGAAAAUGCCGAAAUUUGUGAACUUUUUGUAUUCACAUCGAUCACGGCUUAGUGCAGUUCAGGCCUAGUGUGCAACAAAACCGUCACCAACCUCUAUUUCAGCUGCAGAUUGAUUAUUGUUAUUUGCGCGCUUCAAUUGCCGAAAUCCAGUACAGACUUUCACCAGCCCCUGUUCAGCCAUCCUCUUAAAUCCCCCAUCCUCUAAUAAGCUCCCAUCUUCUAAUAAGCCCCCACCCCUAAAGAACGUUGUAGUCCUUCUCCUCUUGGUGGCCUUUGAUAGUCAUUUCACCUGUAUAGAUUAUGAAUAAUAAAAAAAUUAUGAAUGUUCAAA